AGAGUUCAUGUCAGCGAGGGUGCCCUCAGAGAAGGUAGCCACCUCGACGCAUGAGAGAGAACUCUACGCUCUCAGGCAGGCUUUAGAACACUGGAAGCAUUACCUGCUUGGCAGACACUUCAAAGUAUAUUCAGACCACAAGAUUCUUAGGUGGCUGAAAACGCAGGCCAAGAUGACACCUAAGCUAACUAGGUGGGCCGCUGAAAUAGACCAGUAUGACUUUGAGCUCAAGCGUGUCAAAGGCAAGUACAAUGUAGUUGUGGAUGCUCUAAGCAGGAGAUCAGACUACUUUGGAGCUAUAGUUCAUUAUCUGGAUAUAGGGAGAGACCUGCAAGAGAAAGUACGACAGGCGUAUGCGCAGGACCCUACUUAUAGUGACCUUCUCAAGAAAGUUAAGGAGGCCCCAGAGACUGAACCCGAUUACCGCACUACAGAGGGAUUAUUGUUCGAGAAGACCAAUGUAGUAGACUAUCUAUGCGUUCCUAACAGUGAGGAGAUUCGUAGUUUGGUCUUGGGGGAAUGCCACGACACCGAGGGACAUUUUAGUUGGCAGAAGAUUUUAGCCAACUUAAUGCACGCGUAUACUUGGCCAGGGAUGAAGGCCGACUGUAUAGACAACAGCAACCCGAUGGACGCCGAGAAGACCAAUGAGGACAUAGCCAUGAUGAUUGCACAGCUCAUCGCAACGUUCAAUUGGCAGCAGCAGGCGCUGCAGCUCUUGGCACGGGUGAUUGAUAGCAACCGGGACCAGCAAGAUGACACCAACCGUGGCUGUCAUACCCGCAUCAGAGACCUGGAGAACUUGGACGCCGCCACACCAGGCAGCGAACUUCGUACCCACCAGCUGUCAACACGACAGCUGGAGCAGCGGACCGACCAUGUGGUUGCCACAAUCGGCAACCUUGGCAUGUACGCAGAACCAGCAAUGAUCAGUCAACAGAUUGCGUCGUUGACAAGCGGUCUCCAUACACUGCAGCAGCAACCAUCAGGUAGCAGAAACCAGGGUCCGUACAAGCUGUCAAACUUCAACAUUGAGAAGUUCGAUGACUACACCAAGCAAGACCCGCUUGCAUGGUGGCAAGGCUUUACCACAGAAUUAAGUUUCCGCGACGUCCCUGAACACCUUAGCUUGCGGCACUCUAUCUCAACGCCACAGGUGCCCUUCCACUUCACUGACGAAGUCCGGAGUUCGUUCCACAAGCGUAAGACGGCGAUGCUCAUGGCUCCCGUUGUGAGCAUCUACGACCCCACUUUGCCCACAAGAGUGACUACGGUCGCUUCCAGUUACGGCAUUGGUGCAGUCUUGGAACAGCACGACGGUGUAGAUUGGCACCCAAUUGACUACUUCGACCAAAAGACGGAUGGUCAGACGGAACGAGCGCACCAGACCGCUCAGAUGAUGUUGCGUACGCUCAUCCGUCCUGACCAGAAAGAUUGGGUUGACCGGCUUCCCGACAUCGAGUUCGCCUAUAAUACUUCGGUGCACCCGACGAUCUGCGUCACACUAUUCGAGUUACAUCAUGGUGGAGAGAAAGCACGGAUCUUCGCUGAUCUCCUUUUGCCACAGGUUGCCGACAUAGACGUCCCUUGCUCUCCCGCUUCCGUCCGGAAGUACCGGGACUUGCUGAUCAAAGCCCGCACAAAUAUGCAAAAGGCUCAGAUCCGCAUGCAGCAGCAAGCUAACCGACGUCGACUUCCAUGUCCUUUCCGCGAGGGAGACCUUGUUUGGGUCCUCUCCGAGGAAUUCGCGCUCGAGCAGGAUGUUUCGYGCAAACUCCUUCCGAAAUGGUUCGGACCAUGGGAAGUCACUUCUGUCGUUGGAGACGACCCCGCAGGUCCUUCCUUCGUGAUCAACAUUCCACCGCACCUGACAGUGCAUCGGGUCUUCCACGCAUCGAAGCUGGCCAUCUACACGCCACCUUCAGCUGACGAGUUCCCUCGACGUCGACCACAGGAUCCGCCUUCUAUGGACGGACAUCAGGAAGUUGACCGAGUCAUCACGCACCGCAAGUACGGCAACAAGCCAAGGCAGUACAAAGUCACAUUCAAGCAAUGUGCGCCUGAUGACACUCGGUGGAUCUCCAUUACAGAUUUGCAGACUUCUGCACCCCUCAUCUUCGCCGACUAUGAGAAGCGACGCCUUGCUAAGGACGCAGCUCGACACGGCAGCAGUGCCACGUCAGCAACCAGUCACCGCAGCAGCAGAUCACAUCAGUGCAUGGUGCUCACCCUCUCAAAGACAAGCGGCAUGGAGCAGCAGCCAGGCGAGACUACCGAGGCCUAUGAGACCCGCAUGCUGGACAUGGUCGCAGACUUCAAGCAACAGGCAACUGCGGCAACAUCCACACUUAAGAAGGAAGAUGAGGAAGCAGAGGAACAGCAUCGCCUCGCUGAACAACAGCGACAAGAGGACGCUGAGGCAGCAAGGAAGGCCGCAGACGAACGCCGUCGACUACGCCGAGAGAAAAUCCUCGAAUGCGAGGGGGACAUUGAGGUGAUCGCCGGGGAAUGGGCAGUGGCUGCUGAAGAGGAGGGUGCCCCCCCUGCUGUGCGUGGCCUUGCAACCACAAUCGAACACGUGAGGGACUUGGUUGCCACCUGUGCAGCACAGCAAGAGGACAUCCUCUGCGUGGACACCCUGGUUUGGAAGCAGGCUCGAAUUAUCGACGAACUGCUUGACCGGGUACGCCGGCUGGAACAGCAGCCUACAACAGCCACCCCUGCCGGACCCUCCAACUUGACGGACCGCGUCAAUGUCUUGGAAAUCAACGUCGAGACUCUCAAGGACGGCGCUCUAGCGACAAAUCAGCGGAUUGACCAGCAGAUUUGUGCCACCGCAGCCAGUCCGAUCGCGACUACUCGCGAGAGCAUCCCAAAGUUUGACGGCCUGCCGAUCUUCUGUGAUGCAACGAAGACAGACCUGAUCCCAUGGUGGCGCCAGUUCGAGUUGAAGUUGGACAUACACCAUGUCAUCAACCCGAACCGGCACGCAUACUUAUACUCCCGCUCAGGGGGCGCGUGCCAGGCAUGGCUAGACAACACGUUGUCCACGCACAACGUCGCAGUCUCCGAGCUGCAUACGAAGGUCAGCUGGGCUGAUCUCAAUGCAGCAUGGCAUAAGCGGUUCCAAGUGGAGUCGCCCGAGCUUCAGACGGCCGAGAAACUACAACGGUUCUAUCAGAACGACCUGCCAAGCAUGGACUGGAUUACCGAGAAGCCAAACCCGACGAGGAUCAAGUUGGCGGACGGUCGGACACAACAACUCCUCGAUCACUGCAUUAAGGUUGUGCUGGUUUAUUUCGCACCUCAUGCAUGCGAACCGGUGACGUUUGACGUCUUAGACACGGACUUCGACAUUAUUUUGGGGAUGCCUUGGCGUGCCAGUGCGAAUCACACGGUCAACUUCCAUCAGCGGACACUUACCGUUCGCGACGCCUUCGGCGCCGAGGUGCCGUGUACCAUUCCUCUUCCGCACUCCUCGAUCCGGUGCCAAGUUAUAACGGCCAAGUCUUUUCGGGCCACUUGCGCUUACGAGCGGACCAACGAGAUAGGCCUAUGUUUUCUACGAGCUGCCGCGACGACAAAAUCUUCACCUACGGACUUGUCUUCGGACCCCCAAGUGGUGCGGCUGCUCGACGAGUUCACCGACAUCUUCGAGUCUCCUACCGGUGUGGUGCCGGAUCGACCGAUCUCCCACGAGAUCAUUCUUGAGGUCAGUGUCGUGCCGCCAAAACGAUGCAUCUAUAGCAUGAGCGAGGAAGAGCGCGAGGUUCUCCGCGCGCAACUCGAUGAUCUGUUGGAGAAGGGCUGGAUCCGCCCUAGUAGCUCACCAUACGGUGCACCAAUUCUCUUCGUACGGAAGAAGAACAAGGAUCUUUGCUUGUGCAUCGACUACCGCAAGCUCAACGCACAAACUGUCAAGAAUGCGGGACCUCUUCCGCGGAUUGACGACCUUCUUGAGCGUUUAGGCGGUGCAAAAUUCUUCUUGAAGUUGGACUUGAAGUCGGGCUAUCACCAGAUCUCGAUACACCCGCAAGAUUGCUACAAAUCCGCGUUCACGACACGGUACGGACAUUUUGAGUGGAUCGUUAUGCCUUUUGGCCUCACCAAUGCCCCGGCGACCUUUCAAGCGGCAAUGACCAACGAGUUUCGUGCGAUGUUGGACCGGUUCGUACUAGUCUACUUAGACGACAUUCUCGUUUAUAGCCGGACAUUUGAGGAUCAUCUUGAGCACCUUCAACGAGUGUUGGAGACGCUCCGUCGUGCCAAGUACGAAGCCAACCGCGACAAAGGCGACGGGGGCAAUUCUGAGUGUUCAUUUUUUAGGAGAAAGAUCAUGGAAGGAAGUGUUCAAAAGUACAAGCCGGUAGGGAAGAAAGCAAAACCGGUCUCGAUCCUGCUAGAGACAUCAAAGGAAGAGGCUAUGGAGAAGGAGGAAGAGGUCCUUCGAGUGAUCCGAGAAAGAACGGCGAUGGAGGGACGUCGGAUACCAGAUGAGGUAGCUGACACAAUGAAGAUAGGGAUAGACGGGUUCUUAACGGAAGAAGAAACCCGCCUGAUCAAAAGCACCUGCCAAAAGUUUCACCUGGCAUUUGCCUUUAGUGAUCACCAGAAGGGACGGCUGAAUGCGAAGUUGAUCCCUCCGGUCAGAAUCCACACGGUAGAACAUGAGUGCUGGAAUGACAAGGGGCCAUCCUAUGAAUUUGGGAUAGUAGGAGAAGUAACAGACCUCCUCCGAGCAAAGAUGGACUCCUUCGUUGCGGAGCCUACGGCAUCGCCAUACGCAAAUCGGUGGUUCGUCUUUCGGAAGCAUAACAAGACACUAAGGCGGAUUCAGGACCUGCAGAAGUUGAAUGCGGUAACCAUCCGGGAUGCUGGCUCGCUACCUCAGGCUGACUUAUUAGCGGAAUCAUACGCCGGGCGGAGCAUUUACUUCCUGAUAGAUCUGUACUCAGGGUACGACCAGCUUCCGUUGGAUGUUUGGGACAGACCAUACACCGCUAUGCACACCCCCGUAGGCCAACUACAGAUGCAAGUGACCCCUAUGGGAUUCACAAACGUGGUGGCCGAAGCGCAACGCAGGAUGCUCGCCGUGGCCGGGGACAUGUUCCCAGAAAAAUGUGAGCCUUACAUCGAUGACAAUCCGAUCAAAGGCGCGCAGGAGAAGGACGAGACGCAAGUCCAACCAGGGAUCCGACUUUUUGUGUGGGACCACCUGCAGGACAUCGAGGACUUACUCCGCCGGUUCCUAGUAUACAACAUUACGGCUAGUGGAGUGAAGAGUAUUAUAGCAGAAGUCAGAUCCGACAAAAACCGAAAAGAUAUAACAGUGGCCGACACCGCUGCGCACGACGACGGAGGUAAGGGCAUUCUUAGGCGUAGUCGGUUUUGGAGGAUCUUCAUUAAGAACUUUGCCAAGAUUGUUGAGCCUCUCGAGUCUAUGAUCAGGGAAGAAGGAACCAUGGAUUCGACGGAGGAGCGAGAAGAAGCUGUCCAAAGGCUCAAGGACAUAUUGACAUCUGAGACAAUCGCCCUGUCCGCACCUUGUUUUAAUGACGAAGUGGGACGACCCUUCAUCCUAGAGACGGAUGGAGGACCUUUGGCCGUAGGAGGUGUGUUGAUUCAAAGGGAUGAGGGAGGAAAAAAGAGGCCGAUUAGGUUCGAGAGUAGAACCUUGAACUCCGCAGAACGGCGGUACUCGCAAUUCAAGAAGGAAGUCCUAGCCAUCCUGCAUUGCCUUAAGACCUUCCAGGCCUACCUAUUUGGGAGGCGGUUCAUCUUAAGGAUCGAUCCGACGAAUGUCAAAGGGACUCUAAAGAAUUACAGGCCUAUAGAUCCGACGGUAAGGAGAUGGGUAGGAUUCAUCUGGCAGUUCGAUUACAAGAUCGAACGGAUUGCUGGAAUUCGCAACAAGGCAGAUGGGCUGAGUCAGGAAGGAAAGGAUGGGGGCAAGGAAGGGUCUACAAGAAAAGAGGAGAUGGAGUUCGGUGACGAAAAUGACAGCGGAGCAAUCAACAGACCUGCCGGAGGGGAGGGAGCAGGACCAAGCCAAGGGAGGAGAGCGGCAAAGAGAAAGUUGUAUAUAGGACUCAUGGGUGGCCCAGUGGUAGGCAGGGGAGAAAGGAAAUGCUUGUGUAGGAAACCCUCACCCCUCCGCGAGGGAGAAGGUAUAGAAAUCUCUUCUGAUAGUGAGGGAGGGAAGAAAAAGGCAGAAGUGGAGGAAGGAGGCAAUGCAGAGAUGGGAAAUAAGGUUCAGGUCUCUGACGAGGAAGGAGUCAACAGGGGCAAGCGACGUGAGACUUGGCAUGAGGAAAGCGAGGGGGGACAAAACAUGCGCGACGAUUAUGAGGAGGGUGAGGAAAGAAGGGAGAGCCCGCUUGAAGGACGAAGCGACCACGACAGUUGCGAGGGGUAUGAGACGGGGACAGGGAUUCCUUUUACCUACGAUCCAAAGAACCUUGCAGGUGGGUAUAGCCCCAUACAGACAGAAGACGAGAAGGACGAGAAGGAGGAUGUGCGAGAAGUCAUAGAAAUCAGGAGCGGGGAUGAGAGGGAUGAGAUCUCGAGGCCUAAGGAAGAGGGGCGGCCUCCGAUGCACCAGCCGGGCGACGGGGCUUUCAGAUGGGAGGACGAGUUUGGGCCGACGCCCAGUCAUUGGUUUCAGCAAUGGACCAAUGUGAUCAGACACGAAUGGAUUAUCAACACUCGGGAACUUGCAAGGGCAGGGGUGGAACCCACACCACUGGAUUUUUUCAACGAGGCAGAGUUACAGAAGUAAGGAUGAAAAGAGAAAUCGAGACCUACGGCCUGGGGGUUAGAAAGUUUGCCGAGGAACGGGGUGGACAAGGGACUGGGCAAGACGAGGCGCAAGGCAGCAAUAGGAACUAGGUGUUGACUUAGCAUUGAAAAUGAUCGCUGCUUUUCUGUCUGCGGAGACAUGAAAAUGACGAGAACGUGUACAGUAUGGGCAAGCUUGCUAAGGAUGAAGUGAAAAGAGGGUCAGCUAAGGCUGUGUCACGAUAAGAUAGAAGAUAGUUUUUUAGGCUACUUUUUGGAUGAGCUACCUUGGGUACGUAAGACAAAGACAUGGGAUUUGGGAUGAGACCAGUUGGGAGAGGGUGUAUUGUGAAUUCUGGAUGGAAUAAAGAUUAUGCUUUUGA